UGGCUGUCGGUCGUGAGGCCGGGCAGCGUCGGGCUCGUCUGACACUGGGCUCCGCGACAGUCCUCCGGGCGCGAGGAUCCCUCGAACGGAACCCUAGCCAAGGCUGAAGUCUCGAGUCAGGCAGGCCACGGGCAGGGGUUGGCAGGGCAGGCAAGGGCAGGGCAGGGCUGGGCUGGUCUGGGCAGGGAAGGGCAGGCGGAUGGAGGCCCGAGCCAAGCAGACAACAAAGGCGAGCGGAGGACGAGGAGCAGCGGGAGCAGGAGGACGAGGACGAGGACGAGGACGAGCCGAGGAGCAGCAGUGUACCAUCAUCGUCGCAUGCCUGCUUGCCAUGCUGGGCUUGCUUGCUUGCCCGUUCUUCUUCUCUGAGAAAAUGAGCCUCGAGCCCUGCCCCAAUCGAGGUCCGGGAGCAGCAGCAGCAGCAGCAGGGUUUGUUCUUUUCCGUUGUCGAUGUGGUAGUAGUGCCGAGAAGUGAAGUGAAGUGCGGUGAUUGCGGCCGGCGUCUUGAUGACGGUCAUAAUUCCAGGAACGUUCUGAUGUAACAACCGAACAUGGAGGAACAAGAAGUAGACCCUCAGGCCCCAAGUUCACUUGUUAUGGGUGGAGCCCCUUGAGAGACCCCUUCUUCGGACGAUUUGAUACAUAAGCUGGUGCUUGAAAGUAUCUCAUGGCCGAUAAAGAGGACCAAUUUGGGACUUGCAGUUCCGAGUCAGCUAUGACAACCAACCCGGAUCAUUCGUGGACUCAGCAAGCCGGAUUACCUCUGUGGUGCCUGAAGAACGACAGCAAACCCUUGUCUGAAGGUGGACAUCGUUCUCGGGAUGAUGUGUGCGAGGAUUCCAGCAGAAAGUCCAGCGCUAUUAUUGACGAUGCAGAGGAUGAGAGUGGGCUGGAAUUGAGCCUAGGUUUAUCUCUUGGUGGUCCAGUUUCCAAACCAAAACCUAGAAAUGGGCAGAAGGAUGGGAUUGGAGUGGAACAAAGAGGCGGUGGCGGAGAGAAGGUGAACGACGAGACGUCCGCUCGGAAGUUAUCUCGGAGGGACAGCGAUGGAAGUGUUUCACGAACUCAGGCUUUUUGGCAAGAGUUUGAUAUCUCUCGUGACAAUCAACAAGACGAGAAACCUAGCCACCUUUCUUCAGAUGCUCACUUGCGGGAAAGGCAUCCUUCGAGCGUUUCAUCACUCUCUUCUCCGAUUUCGUCUCUCUCGUCCAUUGGCCUAUCAGACACUUGGCGUUCGGCAGAAAGUUCUGUGGGAGAGGACUCGAAAGUAGCUGUUGCUCAUCAGUUCUGGCAGUCGAUGCACGAGAAGCCUUUGCAGACCGAGCAGGGGAACGGCAAAGAGGAUUUGCCCAUAUUUCAGGCUCUGUCUGGUCCCUCCCCCCAUUCUGCAGCUGCUUCAUCACCGUGGGCAAGGUAUGGGCAGAGUGGAGUGGCAAUGCCUCUUUUGGAUGGAUUCAAAGAGACUGGGGAGGAGAAUUCCCGGACUCCUUUUCCAGUUUCUGUAAAGGACAACAAAAUACCCAUUGCAUCUGUUCCUGGGGAGAAUAUCCAACACGGUGGAGAUGGUGGACCAUUGCAGCAACCGAAAGGAGGUGAUGGACUUCCUUACGAUGAGAUUGGGUUGCAAGCAUCCGAUCCACGACACGCCCAGGAAACAUUGGAACAACAGAGGAAGCAGAAAAAACAAGAAGCUCGGAAGAGGAGAAAGGCAUGCAUGGAGGAACAGAAGUUGCAAAAGAAAGCUAAGAAGGAGGAUGAGGGUAGAGUAGUAACAGGGCCGACUUCUAAACACACUAGUUCCCGUUCUGGUACUCCUCCUCCCGGGGCCAAGGUGUCUCCUUCCGCACCGCAACAAGUAAAUACCCGAGAGGUUUCCUCACCUCCUGACAGUCAAGAAGCUGGAAGCGCCAGUUCAGGGUUUCGCCGCACUUCCAGUGGCAUGUGUUCUAGAGCUGGUGGUGGUGCUUGGGAUGGAGCAGCAGUGUCUUCUCCAGAAAAGACUCCGGAGAAAGAGCUUGACCAAGGCAACGACGAAGGAAUGAUAUUGGAAAUCCGGCUAGCUUUGAAACGGGAGAGAGAUAGAGCCACAAAGGAGAAGGUCUGGGAAGUGGAUCGUGAGAAGGAAAUUGAGCCCCGCCAAGACUCUGAGCGAAGAAGUCCUGCAGAUGGGAGUUUCGGUCAGACUUGUAAAGUUGAUGAAGGUAGUGGACUCCAGCCGGUUGGUGCCGUCCAUAGCCCUCACGAAAACCCCACCACCCCUCCUGCAGCAACAUCUCAAAUAGGCAUAUCAGAGAUGAACAAAGGUCAGGCUGACGCUGCAUGGGUCCAGAGAAUGCUGGAGAAUGCUCAAAUGAACAGUUAUCAGAUGGCAGCUGCCCUUAUGGAAAAUAAGGAGCUACUUCAAGGUCUGAAAGGUCUGCCAGAUCUCAAUGGUAUACAAAGGAGAGGACUUGAAAACCUCCCUUCGGCUGUCGAUAGGGAUAGGCUCAAAGCUUUCGGUGUAUCGACAUCGGAACAAGGCGAUAAAAGUAGUGAACGCAUUAGGUUUGAAAUGAGGAUAAGUGACGCGAAAACAGAAGCUGCGAAUAGGUCUAAUCCAGUCCUUGCAGGUGGAUCACAUCCUGCCUCAGGUUCGAUGAUGGCCUACUCACAGCCUUCAAAUUUUCCUCUCAUGCAUAUGGCUUAUCCAUUCCCUGUGCCUGUUGGCGCUCCCAACGGAUUACCUUUUUCUCUUCCUUACCCCUUCCCCUACAUGAUGCAAUUCGCUCCUUCUGCUGAUUCUUCAUCUGCGCAAGAACGAACAGGCACCCCCACUUUACCAAAUUCUUUCCCAGGUACAUCGAGUCAUUUGCCAUACUCAGUUGUUGGAGACCUACCGCCAUCCUGGGCCCCAGUGUUACGCCCUCAGGCAACACCCCCUCAUUCACCGCCCAGAACUUUAGCGAGGAGUUCAUCGGGGGUGACUGACGAAGACAGCCGAAAUUCACAAGGAGCUAAGAGCAACGACACUGUGAGGAGUGCUUCCCCGGUCAAGGACGCUACAUCGGGAGGUCCUAGUCAUACUUUGAUGAGGGCAACCUCUCUAGGUAGUGGUCAAGGUCAAGGAGGAGCUUUUUCGAGACUGCGAGCCUCUCCAAACCUACCUCCAACUCCUCAGUUUGGACCAAUCAGAACUCGUUCUGAGUCAGGCGAAGCUAUUCUUUAUCGGGAAGGUGGUAGCGUAACCAGCAAUAGUGCUUUUGCAAGUCUCGUCGCUGCCGUGGAGGCUUCUCAGGGACUCUCUGCUGCGGUCGCCUCCGUGAACACAUCAAGUAAGCAACCGGCAUCUCAACGGAUUGGUGGUUUAGCGAAACUUGAGCGGACUACUUCUCGUGUUCUUUCCGAGGCCAUGGAGGAAAUUACUGGUGCUAGCAUUAGUAGUAAAGGGAGUAGUCAACAAGGAGAAACUACACAUGUGGAUUCUGUUUCUAGAACCUCUAGUAAUGCGGAGGAGGUGAAAGUUUCAAAUGGCAAUAGGUUUCAACAGGGCACUACGACAUCAACGUCCUUGUCAGAAGGACUUAUUAGUCAGAUGGGUCAGGAAGCUUCCUUUUUCAAAGCAGGAUGCGCUGCUGGACAAAUGUUUGGUGGCAGCGGAACAUCACCUGAUUUACCCUGGGUCACAUGCAAAGGAGCAGGGCCCAACGGAAAAGCAAUUUCCGGAGUUCUUUACAAGUACAACAAGGGACAAGUAAGAAUAGUUUGUGCUUGUCAUGGCCGACACAUGUCACCUAGUGAGUUCGUCCAACAUGCAGGAAGUGAAGAUCUUUCAAACCCUGAGAAGAGUAUCGUAGUAGGACCAUUUCCUCACGGGGGUCAAGCAGCCUCUGCUCAAGGAUAGAUCUUUUGAACCGAAUGAUGCCAUGAAUACUGAAACGGAAAGGAAAGCUGGUCGAUACACCUGCUUUCAGGAGGUAUACACAACUUUGAGGAGGGAGGUGUGUAAACUGGAAAGGUAUGUAGAAGUGACUUCUAACAACACGGAAUUUGAAAACCCAAGGUUGGAGGUUGGGACUUUAACAUUAAGCCACCCUUCUCUUCACCGAGCAUCGCUAAGAUUUGGGUAACUGUAUAAUAUAGCUCGUGCCCAAUUGUGCGAGAAAGUGGCUUUAGCCUGAGGCAGUUUCCUCUGUACGUGUUGGGCCAUCGACUUUGUGUAGACGGGAAGAAUGAAAUCCUGGGUAAUGGCUUUGGCCACUGUAGUACAUUGUAUAAGAAGUAUGUGUGUGCUGUUGUCUCCAGCUAUUACCUCCUUGCACAGUAAGAGGAUAGGUAGUGUAGAUUAGUAUUUGAAUAAAACUGGAGGAGUAAAUGGCUCGUUUGGUACCCCGUGUAUUGUAGUUAAGUUUGAAAUUAGGGUAGGGUGUUUACUGGAUAAAACGUACUACGUCGGGGAUGACAUCCAUGUAAUGUAUUGCAGGAAGGAGUUCUGGAAGGUAUGGUUCUCCUAUGUUAUCUCAAGUUUUGCCUGAUGACUGCAUAUGAUAUUUCUUUUGUUGAAACGAUACUUCACUGUGAUGUCCUGCAGGAAGGAGUCUCGGAAGGUAUGGUCUCCUUUGUUGGCUCAAGUUUUCUUGGAUCAUAUUAUUUUGUUUUUCUUUGCUUGUGGGCUAAAGUUUCGACUGAUGGUCGUCAUAAAGUGAGUCUCAAUGUGUGAUAUCAAGUGUAUCGUGAUACUGACAUUCAAAUUUUUCCGUCAAUAGGAAUAUCUUACUCGAUAACAAAAAUAAUAUUCCGAUCUCACUUUUUGUGAUUGAGCGAACUGUUGUAUGACUGGAACCAACGGACCAGACAUAUGCGGUAUCUUAGACUCUUCUUGGACGUUUAUUAGGGGGAAUUGGAUGUCGACUUUCUCGUUCUAGGUGAUAUAAGUUUUCCGUUUCAUCUGAGUGCAUCGGUAUUUUAGAUUCUUCUAUACUCCAUGCUAGUGGAGUCUUCAUCGAUCUUUCCAAAGUGGACUUUUUCAUUUGUCGUGAGUCCUGCAAC